AGAUGUCUCUUCCUUGUUGACAUUGAUCAGCUGUAAGAGUUAGAGACAUUGAGAGAGAAGGAGAGAGAGAGAUAGAGAAGAAGGAACUAUAAUAAGGUUUAAUUAAGUCUUCGUUGUGUUAGAGAGAUUAAUGGCCUCUGCCUCAAUACUCAAGUGGUUCCCUGGGACUCUCUAUAACACGGCCUUAAAUGUGGUGGUUCUACAUUAUAAGAAUAUCAGCCAUGAAUUAAAGAUCUUCCCUCCUUCUGUACAGUUUGAUGUGUUAUAUAAGCUUUAUAAAUAUGGCUGCCUGGCCAAGCUGCGGGGGGAGUUGUGCAGCCUGGACGUUCUCACACGGAUGCUCAAGGUGGUGGACAAGAGGCACUUACUACACCACUGUUUUCAGGCAUUGAUGGACCAAGCUCUAGGGGGUCAUGGCAGUAAAAUCUCAUCAAUAUUAUCUCAAGCUUAUGUUGAAAGGUGCAGUCAAGACUCAGCAUUAGACCAGCAGCAAAUCGACAAUUUAGUAAUGCAGGGGUUGGCAGUGUCAGCAUUCUUGGCAGAGGCUGGUUGGCUCCCUGAUGCAGAGAACAUCUUAACCUCUUGUCAAACUCUUCUGGCCAACUCCACACAACCACAGCAGAUGACACGAGCUCUUGAAUGUUGUCACAGAUUGCUGCAUGUACAGAAUGGGUACUGUAGAUUUGAGGAAGCAGAACGCACAUACAACCAAGCCAUGGUGUUGGUGAAACAACUCCAGCUGGCAGGCGCCUCACCCAACCUCGCCUCUCUCUACUCAGAAUUCUCCACACUUUACAUGCUCAGGUCAAACUAUGCAGAGGCAUACAGCUGGAGUGUAAAAGCCUUACAAGCGUUGGUUGCCAAUUUCCCAAAGCCACCUCUCAUCGAUGUGUUAAGACAGUCAGCAAAAGCCUGUGUUCUGAAACGGGAAUUUAAGAAAGCCGGGUUACUUAUCAAACAGGCUGUCAUGAUCGCCACAGAAGUUUUCGGGGACAAACAUCCAAAGUACGCCGACACACUCAUUGACUACGGCUUCUACCUCCUUAACGUGGAUGCCAUCAGUCAGGGCGUUCAAGUGUAUCAGACUGCACUAGAAGUCCGUCAGAAUGUUUUUGGAGGAAUCAACUUACACGUGGCCAUUGCCCACGAAGAUCUGGCCUACGCAUCCUACGUCCACAAUUACGCAUUUGGGAAGUUUACUCACGCCAGAACACACGCAGAGAGAGCGAUUGAGCUGAUGCUCCGUCUCUUGCCUGAAGACCACCUCCUCCUGUCCUCCAGUAAGAGAGUAAAGGCCUUGAUACUGGAGGAGAUGGCCAUUGAUAACCCAAAUAAAGACGUUGAAAAGAAGUACCUAGCAGAGGCCCAUCUCUUACACAAGGAAGCCUUAGCUUUGGCCAUGAGAGCUUUUGGGGAGAUGAAUGUACAGACAGCCAAGCACUACGGCAACCUAGGACGUCUCUAUCAGUCCAUGAGGCUCUUUCAGUUAGCGGAGGAGAUGCAUCUGAAAGCCAUCACCAUCAAGGAACAGCUGCUGGGGCCAGAGGACUAUGAGGUGGCCCUCUCAGUAGGCCACCUAGCCUCCCUCUAUAACUAUGACAUGAAUAAGUAUGACAAGGCAGAGCAACUGUACCUCAGGUCCAUCUCUAUUGGCAAGAAGCUGUUUGGUGAAGGCUACUCGGGUUUGGAGUACGACUAUCGAGGUUUACUACACGUGUACAGCAUCCAGGCCAACAUGGAGAAAUGCUUCAAGUACCAGAAUGUUCUAGCUUAUUGGAAACUCCUGCGAGACGAAGCCCAAGAGACGCAAACGUCGCCCUUUAACGAACUGACGGAACCUCUCCGAGUGACCGACACUUUACACCAAUUUAUGUCUAUGUCGUGAAUGAGGCUCGUGAUGUUUGGUUUAGUGAGUAACAUUACCAGAAAUACUCCCCAGUGCAGGAGUUGUGGCUUCAAAAAAUGCAUUUUAUCUAAUCAUGGAUGCAGAUUUUCUCAGUGACUCCAAUGUAGUGUGCAGACCCUUACUCCUGUGUUGUACAGUCAUACUUGCACAUAUACACACACUCACAUACACGCCAAUACAUACAUACAUACAUACCUACCAUACAUACAUAUAUAUAUACAUGCACACACACGCGUGCACACACACACACACACACACACACACACACUGUGCAUAUUCCCAGAUCACUUUAAUUUCCUUACACUCAGCUCAUGUGAUAGAAGCAAGAAAGAACAUUGUUUAAAGUCAGUGUUUCAGAAGUACAUGCAGUACAGUACAGUACUGUACUGUACUGUACUGUACUGUACUGUACUGUACUGUACUGUACUCAGUGAUGGGCAUCGAUACACUAAAUUGUCUUAGGUGAUACCGAUACAUGGAUACUCUGUAGAUGGUUAAAGCAUUACUGAUACAAUAUAUGUAUCACUGAUGCUUUACUUCUGAGAAUAAAGAAAUCCCACUAAUAUGUAAAUUUGUAAUUUGGGUAUUGGAUGUAAUACAAACAAUUAAUGCAACAGAUAAGUGUAUUUGAUGACCUCCAAAAGCAUAUUACCCACCUUCCAAGAUGCCAUUAUUGUGAUAUUAUUGAUCAAUGGACUUGGUAAAAUAAUACUGUAAUUAUUGCCUUUCAGAGAGACAAAUUCAUCAAACAUUUUAUCUGUGAGUCUUCUUCUCUUUGGAGAGUGAAUGCCAUCCACCAAACUAAAGAGCCACUUCACAGAGGAUGGAAGAGGGGUGUUGAAUUUCAUAAAAACUGUCACAAAUCCUGGGUACUGAUGUAGUGAGGACAAUGCAUUGCUUGGGUCACCCGGGUAUUUUAACGCCUCCAUCUCAGAUGAGUCUUCAUCUGGAGUGACAUUGGUUGAAGCACAUUCAUAUUCAAAGAAAACAUCUGAACUUUUGUCAGAUGCAUUGUCACUGCUUAUCAUCAUGACUUGUUCCCGAGUGUGUGUGUUCAAUGCUCACUCAGAUUUUUGCCGACAUUCACCAGCAUUUCUUGAAAUCAUUUCUUUAUGCUGGUUGUAUUGUAUUUUCUAGUUAUUGUCAACCAUUUUAAUUUGAACUUUGAGUUGGAUGAUGAUGCCAAAAUGGCUGAUUUACUGUCAUGAGAAUCAUCAAGGAUAAGAAACUUCUUAAAGGGACUUAGAGAAGUCUGAUGCAACUGCAUUGAGGAGGAGAUGGCAAUGCCUUAAAGGCGUUUAAUUGAGCCGCUCCAUUUGCUUCUCUACAGCCAAGAGUAUUGGGAGCAUGCAACCAUAGAAGCACUGUGUGUCUGAUUACAACCUGUCAAGAGCUGAUGCAAGAGGUUGUAGUACAUACCCUUACUCUUCAAUGAAUUCGAACUCGGCAUCUCUGAAGGUUGGCAAACCAAGGCGAGACAUUGUUUCAUUUAGUCGAUCCUUGUGCUUUAAAAGGGGAGAUAAGCACAUGGUAAUCAGUUCAGAGUUUCCUUGAUGAUUUUGGCAGAUUUUGGUCUGCCAAAUAAGUUCCAGAGGGCAGAACACUUACUCAUAACACUAUUGUGAAGCUUAGAGUAUGGUCCUUUCAUCGCAGAUUUUGCAUCAGUGAUGCAGACAAGACUAAUGGUAUGGGAGCAGCAUCUCAAGUGUGUGGGAAGCACUAUUCUUCUGCGCAAUCAGCUUCAAUGUGUAAAUUGGAAGAUACAAAAUCAUCUUCAGUUUUGUCCUGGUCACCAGCCUUGGAAUUCUCUUCAUGCUUCUCACCUUUGGUGUAUUCUCGUGCUAGAGGGACACUAAUUCCAUAUUCUUUGAAGGCCUUCAAGAAGUCGCUUCCGUCGACUUUUGAUCUGUAACUAGAACGGCAGUUAUGCCAGAUCGUCAUCGCCACGUUUUUGGAAAAGCGUCAAAAGGUUCAGGAAAUGCUCACGUAAUUUCUGGACGAGUUGCACGACACGGUUGUGAAGGGAUAAUAAAAAAUUAAAUCUUCCGGUGAUUGUGUUUGUCUGUACACGUAGAUCAAUACAAUAAGCUCUAAAACCCGCUCAUUUAAUCCCAAACAUUGGAUAACGGCUCUGGAAAAAUCCCUAUUAAGGCUCUUAAGUUCCUUUGAUUUAGUGGGUCACAGUUUGGGGAUCUGUAGAUACACCCGACAAUAAGUAAGUCCCCUCCCUUUAGUUUAAUUUUACGCCACUUGGACUCUUCAAAAACAUCCUCUCCCUGUACCCUCGCCUGGCUGGCUCUAAGGUCUUGCCUAAUUUCCAUUUAUUUUUAUUAAUGUAUCGAUGUAUCUUUUUUUUUAUACAAUUUGAGAAAGGGGCCCCAGUGAUACCCACACAGAAAUACUUUCAUCGAGUCCGAUGCCGAUACAAAAGUAUCGAUCGAUACGUAUCACGAUAUUGCCCAUCUCUGACCGUACUGUACUGUACAGGACUGUACUGUUGCCAGCAAGGUGUAAUUGUUAUAAUUUGUUAUAUUAUUUGUUGAGUGGGUUAAAGAGAAUGGUUUUAAGGUAGCUAGUUAUUAAUGUGCUCACAGUGAGGUGUUGGGUUUAUAACAUCAUUAAUAUCUUUGACAUGAUCAACCAAGUUGAAAGUCAUCUUCAGAAUACUUUGUUAUUUUAAGAAUUAUUUUUUUCUUAAUGUGUUUGUAUUUAACAGCUAAUUUUCCUCAUUUAAGCGUAAGGUGUUAGGUGACAAAAACCCUCGGUGGACUGUAUAGGUUAACUGGUGACCUGCAGCGCCUUGUUUCCCACCAGUUAAGUCAGCAGAGAAACUUGUCUCUUACACUCAUUUGCUCAACUGUGUUUGCUAACUGCUUACUGUAUUCAUUACUUUACAGAUUUCACUUAUAUUUGACACAGGUUUUUAAGUAUUAUAUUAACCAGAUGAUAAAAGAACUAUUGAGAGUAAAGUUUCUGCAGUAAAAUUGACUUGAACUUUU